UAAGUUUUUUAACUAUAAAUACUAGCUAAUUAGGAGAUGCUCUGCAAAUUAACUAAAGAAGUCCAAUCCUUCUGCAACAAUGGCCACCAUUAACGUAGGCAUGCAAUGCUACUUCAUAAUCUCCUUAUUCAUCUUCAUUAUGUGCACCUUUCUUCUUCGCUUUCUCUUCAAAAGGCUAACCAGUUCAUCAAGCACCACCCACUUGCGCCUCCCUCCAAGCCCACCUGCUCUUCCUCUCAUUGGUCAUCUCCAUCUCAUGAGCCUAACAGUCCACAAAUCCGUCACUGAUAUCUGCACUAAAUAUGGUCCUCUCCUUUAUCUCCGUAUUGGAUAUAUGCACUGUGUUGUUGUUUCAUCAGCUGCUGUGGCCUUGGAAAUCUUCAAAACACAUGAUAUUAACUUUGCUUAUCGCCCACAAUCUGUUUUCAGGGAUAGUAUAUUCCUGGGAAAUCUUGGGUUCUUCGCUGCACCAUAUGGAGAUUCCUGGAGAUUCAUGAAGAAACUUUGCGUUUCUGAUCUACUUGGAGCGCGACACCUUGAAAGGUCACGUAAUGUUAGACGCGAAGAAAUUAUGCGACUCUUGAGCAAAAUAUUGGAGAAAGCUGGUAAAAAUGAGGUUGUGGACGUGGGUAGUGAAUUAGGGAAGAUUGCAAGUAGUGUCCUAAUGAGGAUGGUGACGGGUGCAGAAUUUUCAGAGGAAAAUUGUGAGGCUGAUAUGAUGAAAGAGAUGGUGGAGGAGUCACUAGUGCUGCUUGUAAAAUUUUUGUUUGCUGAAUCACUAGGCCCUUUCAAAAUAUUAGCGUACUGGUUGUUGCAGAAACGGGGUAGAGAGUUGACUAAAUGGUAUGAUGAGUUAUUGGAAAAGUACUUAGAAGAGCAUGAAGUAAGAGCAAAUGGAGAUGGCGACAGAUCAGAAAAUAGAGAUUUGAUGGAUAUCCUCUUGGAGGUUUAUCAUGAUGAAAAAUCAGAGUUCAAGAUUACCAAAACAAACAUCAAGGCCUUCCUUCUGGAUCUCUUGGUUGCUGGCAUCAGUGGCACAGAUGAGAGCGUAAAAUGGGUAAUAGCGGAGCUUAUCAACCAUCCUGAUUCAUUUAAUAAAGCUAGGGAAGAGAUUGAAUCAGUUGUUGGAAGAAAUAGACUUGUUGAAGAAUCAGAUAUACGAAAUCUUCCUUUUUUGCAGGCCGUGGUGAAGGAAACACUGAGAAUUCAUCCACAUGUCCCUAUAAUGUUCAGGGAAUCCCAUAGAAAUUGUAAUAUCAAAGGCUUCGAUAUACCUGGAAAAACUAUAACAGUUGUUAAUGUAUAUGCCAUAAUGAGGGAUCCUGAGUUUUGGGAUAAACCAAACGAGUUCCGCCCUGAGAGGUUCUUGGUUUAUUCCAAAGAAGAAGAAGAUAGUGAAACAAAGAAACAACUUUUCAAUUAUUGUCCAUUUGGAGGAGGGAGGAGAUCCUGCCCGGGUGCAUUGUUAUCAUCAACCAUCAUGAGUGUUGCAGCAGCUGCAAUGGUUCAAUGCUUUGAUUUUGAAGUUGAAGGCAGUAAGUUUAAACUGCAAGCUGGACCAGGAAUGUCACUGAGCUUGCCUGAGCAGCUUAUGUGUCGUCCUGUGGUUCACUUCAACCCAUUUGCGCAAACAUGAUAUGGUUUACUCAAGCCCGACAUCUAAAGUAUUGAUCAAUUAGUAAUUAAUUUUCUUUCAAGUGCUAAUUGUCUAGAAAGGAAUAAACUGGAAAUCUGUAAGAUCCUUCUGCAGAUUUCUUUAUUAAUUCUGGCAUUAUAUAUGUACUAAAAAUUCUAUCCUAAAUAAUGAAGCUUGCUUUUGUCAAUUUUUCCUGUA